AUGACAUUGGCCGCAGCCUUCUCCCACUGUUGUUCCCCAGCAAUUGGCAUUCUAAGGCCCACUGCAACUGCUGUUGUUAAAGGUAAUAAUUAGCCAUCAUGACUGGUAGCCAUUGUAAUAGCCUUAUCUUCCAUGAAUUUGUCUAUUGCUCUUUAAAAGCCCUCUAGGCUGGGAACCAUAUUGUGAUAAUGAAUUCCAUAUUUUAGCCAUGUGAAGAAUUUUGUAUGUGUGUGUACGGGAUUUAGCAUUAUGGAAUGAUCCAGGUUCUAGUAUAUGUGGCAACCUCUCUAUCCACUUUCUCCACACUAUGGCAUACUUUUAUACAACUUUGUACUGUGUUUCCUUCCCCUUACUUGAAUUUUUCCUAAAUAAAAGAACACCAAAUACACGUCGUCUUCAUAGGGGAGUUUCUUCAGCCCCUUAAUCAUUUUACACUUCUUCAAUGCCCUUUUUGAGAGGAAGCAACCAGAAAUGCACACAGUAUUCCAAGUAUAGUAAUAACAUAUGUUUGUGUAAAGGUACUAUAAUAAUGGGAAUUUAAUUUUAGAUCUAAUAACCCCUAGUAAGGAAUUCUCCUUUUUCAUGGUUGUUGCUCAGUCGCUCAAGGUUUUCAUUGAGCCUCCACCAUGACUCCCAAUAUCUCUUUUCUGGUCAGUUGAGACUAGCUCAAACCACAUUGGUGUAUAUGUAAAAUUGGAAGGGAAAGUGCCCCCAACGUACUAGCAUAAGGUGUCCAUUUAAUGCAUAUAUUGGUAGAAAUGCUACAUAAAUUUGCUUUGAAAAAAUGUAUCUGUUGGGCAAAAUUGCAUACAAAAAAUUGCACCAAGGUUUCCAUGAGGGUUUUUAAAAUAAUAAUGAUCAGGAACUCAUGUGGAAAUGAAAAACUGAAUUUAAGAUUAGAAUAAUAAGAAAUGGAAAAGCUGAAAUUUUCAUGUUUUCUCAUCCCGAGGCGGGAUAAACGGCCAUAAACACACAAUUGGCAUGUCUUCAGAGGAACAUGUUGGCAUCAGUCAGGCUUACAGCAUGAAAGAAUUGCCUUGAAAAAUACUCACCUUGUGUGAGUUUAAUGUGCCCUGUAUACACAAUGAUAUAAUAUCUAAUCAUGAACUGUGUUUUCCAUAGUUUCUUGAAAAACAUAACCAGGGAAGAAAGCAAUAUACAAUAAUGAAAUGCCUUAUAAAUCCGCUAUGUUGUGGGGAAAUAUUUUUCCUUACAGUAGUGCAUGUUUUGUAAAGGAUCAUCAAGAGGGAUUCUGUCAGUGCUACUAAACAGAAGGGUGUUUUGUAUUUGUUACCUCUGAUGUACAAAGCAGAAGCACAGCGCUCCCUUUCAAUAGGUCAUAAUCAUCUGUCAUCCGCAGCUGGAAAAAGCAAACCUAUUGGCACAACACUUGUCAGAUCUUCUGAUCUGCGGGCGCAUUUAAGUAGAAGACAUUUGGUUGUUUGUCUGAGACCUCUAUUCUUGUAAACAAGGUAGUAGGCUAUAUCCCUGUGGUCUGACUUACCUCUUUAUGAUAGGGAUUCUCAAGUGCUGGGAAGAAUAUAAUCAAUUUGGUCCAAAUUUUACUGCUUGUGGGGCUUGGGAAAGCAUAGAUUCUCCUUUGGCCCACCUACUAUUCCACGGUGUCUCUGCUUUGUAGAUCUCUGAACUGCACAGGAUGAAAGGCAUUUCAGCUUCUAUUCCAUAAGGAAAGACCAUUUUUGGCCAAUAUACCAGAUCUCGCAAGAAGAAGAAAUGGGUGUGUGACUGUGUUUUUAGGCAAGAACUAUCAAUCCUUAGCUGAUGGAGUACUGAGAAUAUUUCCUUGCACACAUUUACCCAGUGGGACUGAUUUUUAUUUUUAUUUUGCUACAUGAUUGCAAAUAUGGCCUUUAAUGACCACGUUUCAGAAGACAUUUUCUACUGGUACAGUUAUUUUGAGUGGGUGACUUCUUUGUUUAAAAACAUUUGGGAGAGGUUCUGCUCUUUUGAUUAAAAGGAAUAUGGAGGUUGAUCUAAAUGUGUACCUUUUGUGCAGAUCCAGUACCCUGUCAAAGGUGAAUACUCAUCAAUUAUCUCUGGAAAUUCGUAUUAAUGCUGUAGUAGCUGCUCAAACAUUGUCUCUUGUGUAAAUUCAUAGUAGAGGUGUACUGUCUAAAGGCCAAUCAGAAGAGACUGGCAGAAUAUUUGUGGCAGCCACAAAGCUCACUGGGCGACCUUGGGCCAAUCACUAUCUUUCAGCCUAGAAAUACCUCACAUGGUGGCUGUGAGGAUGAAAUGUGGAAAAGGAGAACCAUGCACCCCACCUUGAGGUCCUUGGAGGAAAGUGGGAAUAUAAAUGUCAUGAUCAAUAUAUCAACUGCAGCAAAGAAAGUAGAUGCAAAUAGAUAGCUUGAGGGAUAAACAGGCAGUGCCUGCUAUUCACACCGGGAAAACCAUUGAGACUUACUACUGUAUAAGGAAAAGGAAAGAUUUUUCUCUCUCUUAGCCCUCUCAUUAUUGGGAUAAGUGAACUGGCUAGAGCUGGCACUCCCAAUGCCAAGAGGAUAAAGCUCUAACCAAUAAAAUAAAUAUACUGUUGAAGGAAUGCAGUACUACAGGACAGCGUUGGUAAGUCUCUAAAUUUUGUUCUGUAUGGGACAAUGACAAUAAAGAGUAUCGUAUCGUAUCGUAUCGUAUGAUGAUGAUGAUGAUUAUAUUUAUACCUGCACAUAUUAAAACACCAAACAUUAAAAACUUGCCGAUACAGGGCUGCCUUCAGAUGUCUUCUAAAAGUUACAUAGUUAUGUAGUUGGUACUGUUUGGUGGAGUAGUUGCAUAGACAGUACGCAAUAAGCAAAUGGACCCCAGACCACCCUAAGCUUGGUGCCUGAGGAAAGUCACCCAGGUUCCCUGCAAGGAAUUUUGUUUGUGUUUAAUAUUAGUCACUGCAUGAGAAUUAAUAAUUUAUUUCGUGUCCAGUCGGGCUAGCAUUUUGUUUCAUGUUUCUGUUGGAAAUUACAAACUGCAGAGAAAUUUUUUUAUUUCCUAGUAUUAGGUCAAGUUCAAGGUACAGGUAAUAUGCAAAGAUGGUUUAGAAUAUGUAUAUAUUUUUUCUUUUUUAAAACAAGCAAACACAUCAUUCUGCCAACAACCCACUGCUAUUACAAGGAUUUAUUUGACGGAAAUGCUGUUUCUUUAAGAAAUGUCAGGCUGCUUAGUAUGCAAGAUUUACCAUUUGGCCCAAGGAUCUUUAUUUAGUCUGAAUGGCUGUAAAGGAAAUGGAAUUAUUCAAGGUUGUUUCAGCUUAUCAGAUGAAGCUUCUCAAUAUAUGUAUGCUACUCAUGUAAGAGUUUUCUUUUGAUCCUUAGUGCUCUGUGUGUGCGUUAGCUUGGGGGUUGUCAAUGUUCAGUUUCCUACAUGUAAAAAGCCUGCAUUUACAGAGAAACUAGAGAUUUGGCUUUAGGAAUUUGUGCUUCAGUUAACAAAGAAUUCAUUAACACCUCCAUUCAAUGCACAUGAAGGCAGAUAAGCAACAACUGAAUAAUUUUGUCUUGACCUUCAGUGAUAAACAUAUUCAAGCAAAUUACUACUUUCCCUCUAGCCAAAUGUUAAUUUCUGUGAUUAAAGUACUGCACACACCAACUUAUCAUUUUGCCACUACUGUUGAUCAUACAUGCAUGCAAUUGUUCGAUGAAUAAUUAUAAGAUUGUUAAUUAGAACAUGGGGCACAUAUAUUCCUCUCCUCUCCCAUGUAUUCACUGGCAGAGGGUUGUUUUUUGUUUUUUUUUAAUGCCCCUAAUGACUCCAUUAAUUAUUAACAAGAUCUGGAAAUAACAGCAUUUAUUCCACUUGUAAUAGCAAAGAAAAAGAAAUACUGCUGAAAAUCAUUUUGUGAAUGAAGGACAAGUAUUGUAGGCAACGAGGUCUAUUUUCCUUCCCUUGGCAAAAUUCUUUGCUCCUCAGCCAAUGCUUUCAUUACCUACUAAAAGGCAUGUGAUGUGUUCCUCCUGUUGCCACUUGGAUCACUCUGGAAACUGGCUGUGUGUGGCGUCGGCGAACUUUUCACUCAACUGAAUAGUGUGAAAUGUCAUGGGAACAUGUGGAAAGAUCCAAUCCACGUGGUCCAAGUACAUGGAACAUCUGCCAAACAGACAGCUUGGCAAGUGGUCCAGUUGGCAGAUGGAAAAGAAGGAGCAGUCAUGACACAUAAAUGCAAACUUGUUGGCAGGGGUGACGGUACUGAUGUUGGCACUGACGUGUGGCUGUAGGACUGCCGACCCAAGUGGAGACCGGUGAUGGAGCCCUUUUGCUCAGGGCAGACCAGGACAAGUCCAGGCACUCAACAAGAGAAGGCAGAACAGAACACGAAUGAUGGCUGGUUAUUGGACUGGCCUAUUUUCUGCCAUCCAAAUUUAUAAUACAGGAACAGCUACAAGCAGCACCAUUGAAUGUUGUGGAGCCACUUCAAACCUGACCAACAAAAGAGGAAUACGAGGGAGGGCAAAUUGGUUGCCCCAUCUCCUGGCACAAUGUAUUAGAUUAAGGGUAUAAGGGCCAAAAGUUAAAAUGCUGGAUUUUUUUUUUUUUUAACGUGCAUAUCAGCUUCACAAAUGUCUCUUCCUGCACAACUAAGAAGAUGAAGAUUUGGGUUUAAGGGCUGCAGCUUAAUUAAAUAAACAUAAUUCAAAAGACUGCAGCAGAAAGAUUGAUAAUCUGUGCAGGCAUCCUAUUUGGGUCAGACCUUGAAGAAUAGAACCCGUCUCCCUCGAGCGUAACCCCACCCUGGUUCCAAGCCAUGGAUUGGAAGGUUAAUUGGUAUGUGUCUUGCCCAUUCCUUCUCACCCACAGGCGUGUAAGUGCCCCGUUGUUACCUUCACCUUUAUCCUGUUGUCAGUUAGCGCUGGAUUCGGGGCAGCACAGGUGGCUCCCCCGCACAACGUGGUGAGCCGAGGGGCUGCAAAAUUGAGAAGAUCCAUAACUGAGAAGAUCCAUUUGGGGACACCAAAUGUUGGCCUUGUACAAAAGAUGCCCGAAGUCUGCCCCUGUCUCUAACUUUCAGAAGUAUGCAGCCCCCAAAGCCCAAGGGACACCCCUCCCUGUUCCACCCCAAAGCCAGCCAAUGAUUAGAGGUAGAUUAAGACAUGCCCCUUUAUGAAGCUGGUGCCAUUGGUGCUUACCAUGGCAGAAAAUUGUUUUAAAUGAUUUUAAUAUAGUUUUUCACCGACGUCAUCAGCCCUGGCCCUGAUGGUGAAGGGCAAGUAAGACUCUAGAUUAUGAUGCGAAUAAGAAAUAAUAAUAAUAAUAAUAAUAAUAAUAAUAAUAAUAAUAAUAGAUAAUGAUAAGAUUGUAUUGUAUUUCUUUCUCCCUGGCCACACAACAGCCUCCUAGGUGAGUCCAGGGCAGAGUGUUUUCCUCACUGAAAGCAUCAUAAAAGGGCCUUUCUUUCCCAGCUCCUCAUUAUAAUGUGCAGAUCUCUGUAUAUGACCUCUGUUCUAAAAGUUGUUGGUGCUUUGCCGAUGGAGUUUAGAACUGUCCUCAAGUUUUGCAGUCUUAAAUUAUGAUCUACAGUUCUAAUUUUACACCUGCUCUUCAUCAAGGUCACUGUCGAUGCUAAGGUUUGUGUGCGAGAGAGUUUUAAUGAGAAUAUAAUAAACAUACAACUGAUGCUAUGAUUGAGGAGCUUGAUUAGGCACAAGGGCUAAAAAUGUAUCCAAUGGUUUUUUGUUUGUCAAGAAAGGGCAAUUCUGUGUCUGUAAUAUAUGAAUAAAACAUUAGCUAGGUCAUUAAAAUGCAUUGCUAACUAUUGCUCUCUUAGAAUUGUCAUCUAUUCAUGAAUGCAUGGAACUGAAACACUAUUAAUAUUAAUCGCAAAAACAUUGCAUCUUUACAUUUCUAUAAAUGGAUCAAACAGGUAAUUUAUUUUCCUGAAAAAUUGGGAAGAGAAAGGGACUUCUCAAACUUUUCUUCUGUAAGGCAGCUUGUUCGUGACUGUACUGUCCUAUGUUAUCAUAGUGUCCUAAGGAAUUAUUAUUAAAUUGAAGAGAUUUGGAUGGAGGUCUUAUGGCUACAUAGGAGAAUAAGUGUGUGGGUUGAUGGGGUCUAUUUGUACUGGUUGAAAGCUGCAGCUAUACUCAAGGUAUUAAAAGCAGGGUUUCAGAAGCAAGCUAAACUUUGUUUGACCCCACAGGAUGUGCUGAAUUUAAAACAGUGACUCCCAUCCUAAACAUACUUACCUGGGAGUAGGUCCUAUUGAAUUCUGAGGUUCCUGUUUCUAAGGGAUGGUUGAGUCUGUUAAUUUCUUUCAUUUUUAAAGACCUUAUGAAAAUUUGUCCUUAUUUUAGUGCAAAUUUCUCUUAAUACGUCCAUUUUUGCAAUGCAGUUUACUGUAAAACAAUGCAGUUUUGUAUGUUGUUUUCAUCGAUAUAUACAUUUUCAUAAUUUAAAUAUACAUUCAUAAAUAUAUACAUGUAUAAAUAUAUACAUAUAUACAGAUACUUUAACCCCUGUUUAUGCAUUUCUGUGCACAAAUCUUGGCUGUAGAACUGCAUUGCAAAAUCUGGAGUACAGCGGAUUUCAAAAGAUGGUUGUUUGGUUCCUCCAUUGUUUCAUAAAGUAUGAAUUAGGUAGGUUUGCCUUUAGAUGCAAACUGAGAUGAAAUUUUCUCACACCCAUGUUCAAAGUAGAUAUUUUACUACAAGGCUUUCACAAUAUUUGUAUUUUUAAACACUGACCGUUUUACCUGAUUUUGAGCACAAUUUCAAGAAAUUAGAUGCGAAAGUGUUCACAAAUUUUGGCUGAGGGUCAACUUAAUGAUGCUUGAAAGACACCACAUGCUGAAGGCGGUGUAGGUGAAAAUUAACAUCCAUUUUAGGUGUCAAAGUAAGUAAAAUGUGUUUUUUGUACUGAAUGCCAUAGUUGCACUGGUCUUAGGUUAGAGCCAACUAUUCAUCAGCACCUUUGAACUUUAUUGUAUAGCCGUGUAUAUUUGAAAUGCCAUGACGUAUUAAAAUAUCAGUUAUUUUAAUCAGAAAGCCAGUGCUGGCACAACAUCUACACUGCAGAGUAUCGAUAAUAUUCACAUUACUAAACAUUGGCAUUUAGGGAUAUUAAUUUCAAUGCCUCAUAUAUUAAAGAGUUCCUUUGGGUAAUCACUGCAGAGUUUCAGCAUCCAAGAACUGCAACAACAGCUGUUAGUUGGGUAACUCCAAUCAACCCUGCUUAGUAUAUACAUUAAAAGCAGGUUGGAGCUUUUUCAAAAGAGGCAAAGUGGUUAAUCUUUAAAACUUAGCUCUAUAAUAAACUAUUGUGGCUAAUUUGGCCCUCAUAUCCAAAGUCAUGCAGUGCCAUAUCUUAUUAGUUUAUGCUGGCAGCAAGGCCUUGUCAUGGACCAGAAACUGAAUAGUGUGGUCAACAUGCUAGCAACAAUGCAAAGCACGUUAUUCAAGGGAAGAUGGGAAACCUUUUAAACAGAAUCCACUAUACAGCAUCCUCUUUGCCAAAAGGGCAUUAGGGCUUAAAGAAAGCUAAUUCAACCAUCUCUAUGUGUCUUGUCCUACAUGUUUUGAGAUGGGCAAUGGUGGUUACUCACCAGCAAGGAAAGUCAUUCUUUAAGCAAUCAAAGGCAUUAUCUUGUUCAUCAUUGUUUUGUAUAUUCCAGACUUCGCUGUUCCUGCAAAAUCAGCAGCCUGCUAAACCCUCAUUAGAGGGAGGUGAUUACAGCUCUAUUUUGAGUAAAGCUCUAGUGCAGUGGUUUUUCAAAUGUACUUACUUCAUAGGGAAAACUACAUUAAUUUAUCUGUUCAGGAACCUCUAACUGCCUGACCCAGAGCUGAAGGUACGUUGGACCUCACCAUCAUGUGGAAUGAAAUGUGAGUUUGGCCUAGACCUAAAACAUACAAAACAUUCCCACGUGGCUUUGUAUUGCCAGGGGAGAUUGUUGAUGAUGGGCCAGAUUUUUGCCUGCCAUCUGCAAAUGUUCACCUGAAGAACUGCAGAUUUUCCCACAGUGUGACGAAAGAUGCCCUGGUAAAUUAUUUCGAACUGCAACUUGCAAUUCAGUAGUCAACCACAUGGCUCAAUACUCAACAGGUGAGAUGUCCCCUGUGUAUAAGCCCUGAGAAAUUUGCAAAUGUGCUAGAAAUAAUAACUUAUGUUUCCCUAACUGAAGCCAUGCAAAUCGGUUUCGGCUAAAUACUUUGGAAAGAGGUGGAACUCUAGCAAAACCUGAAACUACACCUUCCAAUAAAAUGCCAUGCAAAAGUUAUGCAAGACAUAAUGAGCAGGAAAAUUACAGUGCAGUGAAACAUCUGCCAGUUACAGCAAUCAGAAGAAUCCUAGCCUUUGUAAACAAGCUUAUAAAAGUGUGGAGACUCCCAAAGAUGCUCAAGAUGAAAUAGCAACUGGAGGUGGAAAGGAUACCUGAUUUUUUUACACAUCAGUUACGACAAAACUACUUAUUUGCAAAUUCCCGGAUGAUGCUUUUAUAUGCUUAUUUGCUUACUUUCAAAUACAUUCAUGUUACUUUUUGUAAUACCAAACUGAGUAUUUGAAAAAUAUCUGCUAGUGAAAAGAUGUGUGUAGUAUUACCGGUGGUAACGUGUGUAGUAUUACCUGUAUACCUGAACGAGCGCGUCCACCCCCAUCGUUCAGCCCAGACACUAAGGUCCAGCGCCGAGGGCCUUCUGGCAGUUCCCUCACUGCAAGAAGUAAGGUUACAGAGAACCAGGCAGAAGGCCUUCUUGGUAGUGGCGCCUGCCCUGUGGAACGCCCUCCCAACAGAUGUCAAGACAAUAAGCAACUAUCUUACUUUCAAAAGACAUCUGAAGGCAGCCCUGUUUAGAGAAGUUUUUAAUGUUUAAUGCUGUACAGUGGUACCUUGGGAUGCGAACGGGAUCUGUUCCGGAGCCCCGUUCACAUCCUGAAUAGAACGUAAGAUGCGAUGGCGCGUCUGCAUAUGCACGGGUCAUGUUUUGCCGCUUCCGCACAUGCAUGUGAUGUCAUUUUGAACGUCGGCGCAUGUGCGAGCGGUGAAACCUGGAAGUAAUGCGCUCCGUUACUUCUGGGUUGCCGCGGAGCGCAACCCAAAAGCGCUCAACCUGAAGCACAUUCAACCUGAGGUAUGACUGUAUUGUGUUUUUAAUAUUUGGUUGGGAGCUGCCCAGAGUGGCUGGGGAAACCCAGCCAGAUGGGUGAGGUAUAAAUAAUAAAUUAUUAUUAUUGGCAGUAGUAGUAUUAUGAAACUUGCAGGGCAUUUUACAUCUGCUCUCUAGGUCACCAUACUUAAGUAAAAUAUGUUUCAAGAGGCAGACCCAAUGGGGAGACUGAUACCUUACAUCUGGUGUAAGGAGACUGAGGUCUCACCUGCUAGAGUGAUAUGUGCAUGGACAGAUUUACAUUAAUGGAUUUGCUCAGUCCCUAGUGUUCAUUUUCUACAGAAUGGGGUGAUUGGGCUGAAAAGACGGCUGAUGUAGCAGCGUAGAUGAUACCACUCCAAGCUGCAUUUUUAUUAAAUUACUAUUAGUUUAAAAAUCUCUGCAAAUAGACCUCCAGCACUUGAAGCAAAAUGUGGUGAUAAAAGCCUUCCUGUUACAUGUGCCAGUUUUAUUUUUAUGAGGUGUUUUAUUAUGUGGGCACACAUUCCAAAGCCACAUCCCACCUGUACUAUGAAGUAGUACAGUCCAUUCUACAAUUCUAUCACUCUACCUCUUAUUCCUAUCUCAUUCUGCUGCAUGUGUUGACCUACCAUAAAUAAUUGGAUUUUCUUAUCAUGCAUGAUCAAUUUGCUUUCACAAUGUAUUUUACCCCAAAUGGAACUGUGCACGUGUUUCUACUGCAAUUUCUGUUCAUUUUGAACAUUUGAAGAGAGUGGCUCAUGCCUUAAAUUUGUGUCACAAGUCUUUAAAGUACCAAAUAACUUCCUUAUUUGGUGUGUGUGUGUGUGUGUGUGUGUGUGUGUGUGUUUUAAUAAAACCAAAGAAAGUUACUUUUGUUCUCAUUUCAAAGCUCAUGUUUCUAUAGGAAGUACUUGGACAGUUUGGAUCUUUCUUCAAGUGGGGAUACAAAACAGAAUAAAAAGGUCUUUUGUGAAGGUGGUAAUAAUCAAAACAAUCUGUUGCAACUCCAAUAAAAGUAUUUAGGGUGAUAAAGUCAAAAGUAAAUAGAAAAGCUAAAAGAUACGUUCUCUGUAAUGGCUCAAGGGUCUAUUCCAAGGAUGGGAAAGAUCCCAAGAAUCUAAAAAUACUUCCCUUUCUGAAUUUGUCUGCAUUUUAUAACGUAUGAAUAGCACUUCACCAUCUGCACUAUGCAUUUAAAGUGCUAUUGUGCCACUUUGAAGAGUCAUGGUUCCCUCCAAAAAAUCAUGGGAACUAAAGGCAGGUGGAAAGGGAAGCUUUGCACUGGUGGGAGGCCAGCUGAGCUGGCAAAAGAGAACAAUCCUAGAGGACCACAGAUCCCAAAAUAGUAAGUAGGAAAAUGACAUCAUUUACUCCAAGGCACCACUUCCUAGGAGAAAAGAACCAGGUAUAAGGGGUGUCUGUGUUUAUAUGAAAGCAAUUUUGCUUUAUUUAGAUCAAUUUACCACUCAAGAUCUAAAUUUGACACGUUAGACAGGGUUGUGUAUGGGGCAAACUUUUUGCUCAAGAUUCAGCAAGCUUUGUAGUUAAGUGAAUGGAUUCUGAGAUCAAAGUGUGGAAACUGUUUUCUAAUAGGGUGGUGGGGUUAGAACUGGGCAAGACAGGAUGAGAAAAUUGUUGAAUAGCCUUGGCUGGUUGGUUGUAUGGUUAUCAAUAUAAUGUCCAUUGCCAGGAAUAAUAUGACUCAAGGGGCCUGGGAGAUUUUAUAAAUGAUCUGAAAAAAGGACAAUUACAAUGACCCCUACCAAGGGAAAGAUUCCCAUGGUGGGCAUAUAGUUACUUGGCAUAUUAUCAUUCUAUUGCCUUGCCACAUUGUGUGAAACCAUUUUACCAUAGUUCUCUACCUGAUCAGAAAUGUAGGCAAUGGUCAUCUCUAGCCAUAAACUUGUGUGGGGCCUUCUAGGUUGUCAAACAUGUAGGAAUUUCUACCUCUGAGCCUGAUUGAUCACCCAUCCCUGACUUAUUGUAAAGCAGAUUUGAAAUUUCUAAGGAAAUGUUUUUUCUGGAAUUUCUGGGUGGGGUGUUUUUCAUAGGUGAUUGUGCAGAAUGUUAUGUAGGAGAGAGAAGGAGAUACUGCUGUCACUUGCAGCAACAAUAAAAAACAAAAUGCAACAUCUGGAUACAACAGAAAGAAGCUGUGUUACUAUCACUGCUAAUAUUGAGAAAAUGGAGAAGGUAUGAUGGGUGUGUGUGAAGUAUUUGUGCACAAGUCUUGCCCUGUUAGAAGCAGUGGCUGAUGGUGCUUUGAGUGCCUUUUUCCAGCUUAAUAAUACAUUCCUUGCUCCUUUUCUGGUAGCAAAAACACUCUGACUGAAGCACAUAAACAUUGCAAUUCAUGUAUAUUAAGGUGCUCCUCUAAAACUCUCUGUGUCACUGUCAUUUUCUAACAUUUCUCCAAAAGUUCCAUUCUGUUGUUUGUGAAUGUGGAUUUGGCUGCUGUGAUUGCUCUUUCCUGUUCUUCAGAUUUUGCUUCCUUUUUAAUUAGGUAGUGUAAAAAUGGCAGCUAUGCACAACCUGUUGCUUUAGCAGGAACAUCUCUUGGUAGAUUCAAAGCCUGUUAUAGGCUUUUCAUUAUGUUCUGCAGACUGUGUUGCUUUAUCAAAGUCUUAGAACAUUAAGCAUAGUUAUUUGGGUUUCAUCAAAAGAGCAAGGAUGGACUAACAUGGAUGUAGCUGGGGGGGGGGAGUCAGGGGGCACCUGCCACCCUCAGAUCAAGAAAACAAUAGAAAUACUUAACUAACUGACCAAUUAUGCCGGUUCUGCGCCCCCAACCAAGUCCUGUCCCCUAACAAAAAUCCUUGCUACACCCAUGUAGACUGAGUAAUAAUAAUGUCAGCUGACCCAGUUCAAUCACAGUAGUUGUGAAGACAGGUACUACAUGUUUGAGACAGAGCUUUCCAUACACUUCCUUGGGGAAAAUGUUUUAUCUGAAACUAAAAGCCAAGGUAAGGAUAAACAGAAUUGGUCUCACGUGCUCAAGGGCCUCCAUGAUGCUGUGACAAGAGACCUCUUCUACAAAACUUUCCACUUGACCAACAACCAUGAGAAAAUUGACAAGUAGAAAAGCAAUAUUGGCAGUCACACACACCAAAACACUAUCCAGGACAAAUCUUCAGAGUGCUGCUGUGAUGAUUGUGGCUGCCUUGCUGGUUUAGUACAGCUGUUGAUAAAGUUAACCAUAUGCUAACCCUUUCUCUUAACCCAGCAAUGUGGGUUCUGAUGGUGAUAAUCUUUUCAAUGGUGUGCAUAAGUUAAGUGCAUUAGGCAUGUAGAUUCCAGUGCAGGAGAGUGCCACUGAAGAGGUAAUCAAGGAUACCUACAUGGAAACUUCAAACAAUGUUGUUAACCAUGAAGUGUUUGCUUCCCCACUUCCCCAAUCUGUGAAAUGCGAAUAACAGUGACCUUCUUCCUUAACAAAUUUGCUUUGAAGGUGACAGGGAAAAGCAUAUUUAGAAGAAGAAGAAGAAGAAGAAGAAGAAGAAGAAGAAGAAGAAGAAGAAGUAGUUUGGAUUUGAUAUCCCGCUUUAUCACUACCCGAAGGAGUCUCAAAGUGGCUAACAUUCUCCUUUCCCUUCCUCCCCCACAACAAACAUUCUGUGAGGUGAGUGGGGCUGAGAGACUUCAGAGAAGUGUGACUAGCCAAGGUCACCCAGCAGCUGCAUGUGGAGGAGCGGGAAAGCAAACCCAGUUCACCAGAUUACGAGUCGACUGCUCUUAACCACUACACCACACUGUGAAAGUGAUAUAUAAAGUAAUAAUAAACUUUGAAUUAUUUCUAACUGCCCCUUUUGUUUUGCCACAAAACCUAUAUGUAUCCAAUUGGAGGAGAGGCAUAUGAUACUAGGAAAAAGAAGCUAAUUCUGUCUUGCAGUUUUGGUUUAAUCAUCGUCGUUAUGCUUGGUUAUAUUUUUAGUCAUCAUGAAUACUACAGCUUGAGUUUUCUUUCCCAUGGAAAUUAAAACAAAGCUAUAUUUUACCAUAAUAGAGAAAUGGCAAACUCUGUUACCUAUGAUAACUCGGUUCUUAGUUAUAUGUGUUUAGUUAUAAGCUGCAAAAUGAUAGAUGAAGCCAUUUUUUGAAAGUGAGAGAUUAUAAAGAUUAAAGACUGUGGUGACUUAUCAAAAUCUCUAAUGCUUCCUUUUUGCUGUUGCUUUUAAUUCUUAUCAGUGACACAGCAUAAACUCCAACAUAUUGGAUUGAAAUGCCAUUUAUUUUUAUAUAGUCCCACUAUUGUGCAGAAAAAUAUUGAAUUUUGUAAUUUGAUGAACCAACAUCCUACUGAGCAUUAGUUAUAGAGGCAAAUAAAACUCAAUAUGCUGUGUCAUAAUGGAAGAUAAAAUUAGGGGAAACAGUUCACCAGCUUUAUUUGGAGUGGUAGCCAAACAUAAUUUGGCCCAUAAAACAUGAAACUCGUGCAUUUUUUGAUAGGGGAGAAAUGUCCUAAUUGAAUAAUAUGCAAGCCAUAGUAACAAAUUAUAUCAAUUACUGCUAAUCUUGGCUGUUACCAGAGUAAUUCAACCAUGUGAGAGAAGCACACUUGGUCCCACUGAAGCCAUACAUAUUAUAUUUCUCUCCUUCAGCCUAAGUUGAGAGUGUCUCAUGAGCAGGCAUUCCAACAAUCAUAUGUUAUUUUCCUCAUGAGGCUGUGCCAAUGGGGUAACUUUUCAUGGCAAAUUUUAAAUGUAUGAAUUUGAGUAUUGUGUGAGAGAUAAUAUUCUUGGUGCACACAGCAAAAUGACCAACUCCCAUGACCCACUGACAAAGAAAUAAGGUAGUUUGAAUGAUGCAAAAUGGUCAUCACAAUGGCAUGUUGCCCAUGAAGUCAUAUCAGCAUAGCUGUAACUGUGUUGUCUGCUGUAGCAAAAAUGAAGUGCCUUGUUGCAUCUUAAACAGAGUUACAGUGGUACCUUGGGUUACAGACGCUUCAAGUUACAGACGCUUCAGGUUACAGACUCCACUAACCCAGAAAUAGUACCUCGGGUUAAGAACUUUGCUUCAGGAUGAGAACAGAAAUCGCACAGCGGCGGCAGCGUGGCAGCAGCAGGAGGCCCCAUUAGCUAAAGUGGUGCUUCAGGUUAUGAACAGUUUCAGGUUAAGAACGGACCUCCAGAAUGAAUUAAGUUCUUAACCCGAGGUACCACUGUAUUGUAGUAUUUAGAGUUUCAGCAAAUGCAGGCAGUAAGCAAAAUCCUUGGUUGGUGUGUGUUUGUGUGUGUGUGUGUGUGUGUUUGGGUAUAAAAAUGGGAGCAGGGCAAAAUGACAAUGAAAUACAGAAGGUGCAAUGUUUGUUUACGUUAUGCACUCUGUCAAAGGCUGAUGUGUAUUGGGAGGUGCAUCGCAUUAUUCAAUGAAUCUUUGCUAGACUUAGCACAGAAAGGUGUACAGGUCAAUUCAGUGAAUAUGAUCUAGAAGAAGAUCUCAGAUUUUCCUCAGAGACGCUAUGUUUAUAUUCUUACAUUAAGUAAUUUCAAAAACAUAUUUGCUGAGGUGUGUCAGGAGAAAUGCUAUGUAACUGCAAGAAGAUUUUUAAUUUCCCCUAAAUUGGCUUCCCACACAGAAAACAGUCUGGGUUAUUUUUGAAAGAAUGUCUGAAAGGAAGGAAGACCUCAAAUAAAUUAAUAUUAGCUUUCAGGACUUUGAUCUAAAAGGAUCUGCUUUCUAGCUACUCUUUCCUUCUGUCUCCAGCCACCUAAACAUUCAUCCUUUUGUAUCAUGUGUGGAUAUCUCAGUUUGGUUUUACGUUGUAGAUUGUUUUGCUGCCCAUUGUCUGUGGAUUGUUUUUAUGUGCACAGCUUAGAAAUACAAAUAAUAAUAAUUUCCACUUUGCCUAUCUAGAUGGAUCAGGGGUAUAAUGAUAGAACAAUCUCAUAGGACCCAGAGGAGGAGCUAGCUGUGCACCUGGGGGGGGGCUAGCCACCCACAGGGGCGGGACAAGCAGCGAGCAUCCCAUAGGGGUGGCAAUGUCACCUCCCCUCAGGGAUGACACCCGGGGCAGGGCAGGCUGCAUCCACCACACUCCCCUUCCUCCGCCAGUGAUAGGACCAUAGGAAGCUGCUUCAGAAAGUGACUCUUUCCCAUCCCUACCUGGAGAUUCUGGGGAAUGAACCUGCAACCCUCUACUGCUGAACUAAAGCCCUUCCUCUGUUCAUUCUCCUCCAUGUUCUUCUUGCUAAGAGAAGUCUGCUUUCUUUUGAUGUUUUGCCAGCCUGCUUUUUCUUUUCUUUUAACUUGUUUUUUCUUUUUUAAAGUUAGAAUUGUCCAAUUAUAAUAAAUAGCCUAGAAGCUAUUUAACGCUGAUGUUACCAAAAUUACUACAUCAGAUUUCACUGGCUGUUUUGAGUCUAUAAUAACGUAAUGGUUUCAACCAUUGCAAGGUGGCAAAAAACACCACCACCCCAGGCCUCGUAUAUCCUUGUGCCUUUCUUUUGUGUGAUCUUAUGCCAUUAAAUAAUGCAGGUUACAACAUGCCAGGACAUUCUCUUUGACAGAAGAAACACACAGUCACACACAGCAUUGUCGCUCAUUUAAUUGAUUGGACGUUUGUAUUCUUUCCUAAAAAUGCCAGAAAUAUACAGAAAUGAUUUCUCUUAUAUUUUUCCAAGCAGAAAAUGUAAUGACAUAAACUGGAUUAAGCAUGUAAUAUCCUUAUAUCUGCUGCCAAGUCUCCCCUCCUAAUUUAGUAUUCAAUCAUUAUAAUACAGGCCCUAUAUCCAUAUGUAUAUACAAAUGAUGACAUUGUUGGUAGAGAUGGACUAGCUCCCAUUGGUCUGACUUGGUCAGGUCCAUCAAAUCCAAGUCUCUUUCAAAAUAAAUAAAUAAAUAACCUCUGCCUCCACUUCCAAAUUUGGAACUGUUGUGCUCCUGAUUGCACCACUAUAUCUCCCCUGGGAACUGGGUGCUGCAGCAUAGAUAACAAAGAAGGCUGGCUUGUGGUUUUCCUGGGAACAUCUCCCUGGCUACUGUUGUAACGCAUGACGUAGAAUGACACUUGUUAAUUCAACAAUCUUUUUUCUUUGUUAUUGUUCUUACAUGUAAUACAAUCAUGGAAUGCUUUCCAUUAAGAACAUAAGACAAGCCUGAUGGAUCAGGUCAAUGGCCCAUCCAGUCCAGCAUACUGUUCUCACAGAGGCCAACCAGAUGUAUGUGGGGAGCUGGUGUCAGAGACGGGCAGGACACUGAUGAAUGUGCACUGGAGGAGGGGAGGGAUGGAGUCUGACUUGAGAGAGGAGGUCAGUGAUUUGUGGGGAGAUGUACCGGCAAGGAGGCAAGAGUCGGAAGGAGAGGAAGCUUCAGAGCUGGAGGGUGGAGCACAAGAUGGGAGACCCAUCCAGAUAAAGGUAAAGGGUAAAGGGACCCCUGACCAUUAGGUCCAGUUGUGACCGACUCUGGGAUUGUGGCGCUCAUCUCGCUUUAUUGGCCAAGGGAGCCAGCGUACAGCUUCCGGAUCAUGUGGCCAGCAUGACUAAGCUGCUUCUGGCGAACCAGAGCAGCGCAUGGAAACGCCAUUUACCUUCCAACCAGAGUGGUACCUAUUUAUCUACUUGCACUUGACGUGCUUUUGAACUGCUAGGUUGGCAGGAACAGGGACCGAGCAACAGGAGCUCACCCCGUCGCGGGGAUUCAAACCGCCAACCUUCUGAUCGGCAAGUCCUAGGCUCUGUGGUUUAACCCACAGCGCCACCCGCGUCCCAUGGGUGGGGUAUAAAUAGUAAACCAACAGCAACAACAACAAUGCAAGUUGGUUACCGUCACUGCCACCUGUGGGAGUGCGUUCCAUAGUUCAUGUGUUGCAAAAAUAUUUUCUCUUAUCUGCACCAAAUAUUUCAACAUUCCUCUGAGAUAUUAUUCGACUUCAAGUCCCAUCAGCCCCAGACAACAUGUCCAACGGUCAUGAACGAAGGGAGUUGUAGUCAAAUAACAUCUGAGGGACACAGAUUAGCAAGUUCUGCCCUAUAGUUUUGAGAAUGAAAAAAAAGAGGGGACAUACAAGAGAGUUUAUGAUUUUAGAAGCAAUAAACAGAUAAUUUUUCUCCACCAUUCAUAAUGCAAGGCUUUGGGAUCAGCUGAUAGCAUGUAGUAAAAUCAGAUUUUGUUGUCAGGAGUUUAUGUGACUAGAAUUAUUAGUAUUUUCACCAGCAAUUAUUAAGGAAUAAAUUGUACCUAAUAGGCUAGCAGCAUUGUAAUUCUGAAAGAGUCACUCUUACUUAAUGAAGAGACACAAGGACUGCUUUCUUUAAGUAGCAAAAUAUUUUGUUUGAUUAAAAGUUAAUGAGAUUUAGGCAAAUAAUGACCGCUAGUUGUUUAUAUUCAAUUGACCGACUAUUUCAUUAUUGCAAAUUAGGAUUCUGAUGUCUGAAAAGUUUAUGGCACAUUGCAUCUGAUGAGAUUGCCCACCAAAACAAAGUCACCACUGGAAGAAUUGUGUAUCUAAGGUUGCAGGUCUAACCACACUUUUAUGUAAUCAUCUUCAUCCAAGCACAUUUAUCAGGAUUUAGUAGUAAAUUUACAUGGCAUUUACUUCCAUGUAAGCCUGCUUAGGUUAUCACCCAAUAGUUUUGAGAGGUCUAUUGCAUGCAGAAUAUUAUGGAAAACUCCACCCUGCUUUCUUGUUCUACAGCCAAACUCCACUCCUGAAGGUAUAUGGGAGGUAUAGUCCUUGUUCUUGGUGCAAAAUGCCUGGAUUGAGGCCAAUAUGUUUUUGGACCAGGUCUGUGGUCCCUUAUCCUAUGGGCAAGUCCUUGGUCCUAAUUUUCACAUUUAAACAGCUUACACAAUGUGACCUACUUAUGAAGCAUGAGGAAAUAACUUGCACAAGUCACGAUACAGAGGUUUCUGAGUUUGGAAUGUACCCUGCUCACAAAGGUUGAUAAGACUCUGCCCCCUCAUCGUACAUGACAGCAUUCAUGCAAAAUGUCCACUUGCAUAAUCUUCCAAAUGUGCAAGUCAAAUGCAGCAGGUACUAUAGCUCAAUCGGUUUUCUGGAUGUGCUUGCAUAGAAGCUUGUGAAGUGGCUUGGAUGUUCAUUCAGAGAGUCUUCAGUGUACUCCACCAUACUCUCGCCUUAACAUUUUAGAUGGGAGCAAUAUCAAGGCUAGCAUGGGCCAAGCAAUCUAUAUAACCAGAAGUAUGAUGACAGUGAGAGUUGUCUUAUACUUAGGGAAUGGGGGGGGGGGGGAAUUCGGUUUGUAUACCAUCUUCACCUAAUUUGCACUUCUCAAGGUAAUACACAAUCUGAAAUGCAGCUCUCCUUAAAUAUCUGCAUUUCUUCAGAUUUUGCAUUGCGGUUCUCUAACCGAAAUGGUCAAUACAUUGUUGACGUCAUCCAACCUCCCCCUCAAACUUUGUGCAAACAAGUUAGGAUAAAUGCUCAAUAAAUGGGUCAUCUGGAAGCAAGCUAAGGUACCUGAGUUUGAUGGCAUUCUACUGCAAUUUGGGGAAAAAAUAUUUAUGAUAGGGUAUACAUUUCACUCACAUUCUCUUUGUUUCAUUUAAUAUGUGUAUUAGUCAAACAAAGUUGUAGAGGACAAGCUUUGCCCUGUAACUAUAUUACUAGCUUCUGUCUUGUUUUAUGACAUAAAAAUCUAACAUCAAAGAAUCCUGUCUGGGAAAUGCCCAGACUCGCUGGCUUCAAAGAGCCAAAACUGGUUUUUGGUGGGGUUUUUUGUGCACCGGAAAUUCUUCUAUGGUAUUGUGCAUGCCUACUUAGCAAAUCCGUAGAAAGCUUCAGGCAGCAUUUCAACCAGCUCACAGCACAACAGUAGGUCCCAAUGAAUUCAGUGCAGCUUCCUCUUGGGUAAGUGUGUAUAGGAUUUCAGCUGCAGUUUCCUUGUGAGCAGAUGGUAAAAAAGCUUAUGGUGGUUUUGUAUGGCUAGUCUUCAUUCAGCACCAUUCCUUCAAAAGCAACAACAUACCUUUGCUGCUUCCAGAAAACUGAAUAUUGGUAGGACACCAAAGCAGACUUUGUUAUGUAGUUUGUAAGAAAACAGGUGAGAGAAACCUGUCUUUUGGCUUUAACACCAAGGAAAGCAGGAUGUAAUGCUCUUCCUACAAAAGAAAUUCCUUACACAUAGAUGAUUGCCUUGUUAGGAAGAAAACUAACCUCUUUUGUAAACUGAACAUUCAGUUAUGCGAUUCCUCCACAAUAGUAAAGGCUAGCACAAGUUUACAUUCUUAGGUCCUGUUUUGUGAGGAUAAAGCCUUGACCACACAAUCUCUUACUGGCCUGAUUCAAAUUUUCCUCAUUCUCCACCCCUCACCCCCUGUUUCUGUGUUACACACAUUCUCAGCAGAAUCCUCUUCCCAAACCCAAUGUGCCACAUUUCAGCCUCCAAGAACAUCAAGUAACCAUCCUUAUGCUUCAGCCAAGAACCUUUUAACUGUAAAGAUAUACAGCAGCCCGAAAAAUAGUUAUGUUUUCACUUUGAACAGAUAGAACUGUGAUAAUAUUGAAGAAAUCAUUGAAGGAGAAAGCAGUUUUAGAAGUAAUAACAUCCAAGAGCUGAAGCAUUAGGUUAGAAAGAAGAAAAGAACUGUCUGCCUUAACAUGUCAGAGAGCAGCUAAUUUCAAAGUUGAGUUGUCAAAAUUCUCCAUGCUUACAGUUUGUCUACAAGUAGUAAUUGGAGACAAAGUGAACCUUACUCUGAUGGGAACAAAUCUACCCCACAACUCCAAAAUAUGUCUCCUCUUAACAGAUUUGCACCAAAUGUCACAGAGAAUAGGGUUUACUUCCAGUGGAUUAAAAUAUAGAAGAUGGUACAUUUUCCUCAAAGUAAGGGAAGGGAAGGUUCCUCUAAAUUUAAGGAUGUGCAGUUUGUACAGAAUGCCAAAUAUCAGUUCAUCCAAAUCUGUAAGAAGACAUCUAGUGUCUCUCCCCUCCCCCAAUAAAAUAAAUCCUGGAAGUAUUUUCCCCACAAAAACAUUAAAUGACAAAAUGGUUGUGACACUAAAAGGUGGCAUUGAAAUCAGGUGUUCCAUUUGACUGGCAGGGCUACAGUUUCUCAAGAGUCAUUUCUAUGUCUCAAGUGAAAUGGCUGCUGAGAAAAAUCUAUUCAUGGUGGAACUAAAGUGGUCAUGACAGCUUAUUCUUAGUUUAUCAUUCACAGCUGGUGAACUAAACGAAUUUAUGCCAAGUAAGCUCUUACUUCUAACAAAGUAACAAAAUAAGGAGAUAAUUGCAAAAGAAGCUUAAGCUUUUCACAGUUUGAUGCAAACAUAUUAAAUGGUGUGACUGACCUUAUGUAAUACCAUAACUGAACUCAUAAAUGUCAGCAAACAUAUUCUUUAAAGCAAUCAAAUAUCUGGGCAGCUACAAAUUCCACAGCAAGAAAGCAAACAGUUCUUCUCUUGCUUCAACAUCAGUGGUGAGUCUGGCUUACCAAUGCUUGGAUUCUAAAAUAAAUUUCUGGCACAUUUUAUGAGCUUCAGUAGGAACUUGAGUGAAACCUCACCCUAACCACUGUAGCUUUGCAUGUAUGAUAGGCUUGGGGUUGUUUUAUUAGGAGUAUAAAUGCCACUAGAUGGGACUGAAUUUGGCUGAGAGAACAUCAAAAAACUUUGAUGACGAUUGUCUGUCUCUCAACAGAACAACAGAACUUACUGAAAAUCCACUUGUGAUGGAAGGUAACUACAUUUGAGCUUUAAUGUUCCAAUCUUAAAUGUUUGUUUUGCCAUAAUAUUAAUGGAAAAUUGACACGGCAUUGUGCUUUGUAAGUUUAAUAUUUGGAACAGCAGUUGGACGCUAAUUGAAUAGGAUGCUGAGUUGCUGAGUUAUUUGUUGGUGCAGCUAUUGUGUCAAUAGCAAAGGCACAGGGAAAUGAAAAUUGCUAGCAUGAACCAGACUAUUGGGCCAUUUAGCUCAAGUUAACUGGAUGUGCUAAGGAAACUCAAAUGAAAUAAUGAUGGCAUUUGUUUCCCCCUUCUUUGAACGUGGAGGUUCUGUUUCUGGCUGUUGCAGCCAAUUGUCUGAUGGACAGGUGAACAUACGGAAAGUUUAAGAAAAUAUGCAGAUUGCUUCUGUUACAUAAUUAGGUUGUCAUUAUUCACAUCCUUAUCCCAUUAUGUAUGUAUAGCUCAACAUUUAGCAGUCAUAAUAUUUUAUAUUGUUCUGAUGGUUUUUUAUAUUAUAUUUUUAAUGGGUGGUUUCCCAUGUUAUUACUGUGCAGAUGGAAGGCAUCCAUCAGUGGAAUGGGAAGGAAUGCAAUUUUGGGUUAUUUCCCUUCCCCCAACAGCCCCCUCAUGCUUUUCUCUAAAUCUGCUCUAGAGUGUUAGGGAAAUCCAACUUUAUGGAGCAGAUCUGGUAAGAUUGGGCGAGGGGGGUGGGACACUUGCAAAACAGAAAACACAAAAAACCCCAACUCCUCUCCAUUCCAUCAGCAGAACAGCACCACUAGAUUUCAUCCUUUGCAUAUUUUAUCAAUGCCAUCAACUGCUUUAGCACUUCUGCAUUGAAAAAGGUCCAUAAUCAUAAUAAUAGCAAUAAUAAUUCAGGCUGUGUAUCUGGCAAGAAGAAAAAUUCUGUUAAUGUGUCAGUUUGCUCAUUUGUUGUAUUCUGUUUCUGUAGGAAAUCUGAGAUCUAGGCAGCCUGUGAGAAGUGGGGGGUAGGAGUUGUUAUGCUGUCCAGAGCAGCAGUAACAGCAUAAUAGCAAUUAAAUCUAAGAUGACAGAGAAAAAGUGAUGAGAGCCAAGGUGCUAAAAUGAGCACAAAGCCAACAUAUAGCACCCAGUAUGGGGGAACCAGCUGUGCUGCCCUAAAUCUGGUUAUGUUUGUAUAAUCAGAGGCAAUAGGCUGUGUUUCCAUCUAGUACGGAUACUUUUAAAGGAAAUAAAAUAUUGUCUUCUAGUGAAUGGAAGCCAAAGUUAGGUGGCAUGGGAGACAUCAUCACUACAGUGUGACAUUGAAUCAGUACUAUUAGAAGCUCAGCUCUAAGAUCAGAAUUUGCUAAUGUCCUGCAGUGCAUGGCAAAUAAGAACUUUAUAUACUAAGCUGUGCAUGUAAAUCCAUGAUUAACCUGCAAUGUCCCUUACAUUGACAUCGCGAUUGAUUUCAUCAGCGCAUUUCCAGACUCAUGCAGAGCAGUUACACAAGAAAACUAAUCGUUCUGUACAAAGGGUUGCAAACCUGACAUUACACAGUAUUAGUAGAAGAAGAUCAAAGCUGGUUAAGCUUUGCACCUGAGGAGUGUGAAAAUGUAAAACUCUGUCUCCUGCCAUCUUUCCUUUUUUAAACAGCCCUUGAAAUGCACAUGGAGCAGAGCAGCAUAGUGCAUACAUUUGUUCAAGGAAUUUCUAAGAAACGAUAGAAAACACACACACAUAGGCGCAGAGAUAUAGCUACAUAACUUCUAGAUGGAGUGUUCUAGCAGCUUAAACCAUGACAAGGGUGAGGAACCUGAGGCCCCUCAGAUGUUCUAGGACCAAUAGUCAGGGAUGAUGGGAAUUGUAGUCCAAUAAUCUCUGGAGGACCCUGAGUGGAUGUGAAACAUAGUUAAAAUAUGAUGUAUGCUGACAUUAAAUUGUACACUCUAGAGAAGAAGACUCCCCUUGGGAAGCUGUGAUGCUUUUUAUCUCUCAAAACAGUAUAGUAUUAUGCACCUUCUUCUAACAGUCAAUGAAUAACAGUAUGUUCCUGAGGUAACAGUCUUAAUGGUAUGUUGCAGCAGAGACAGCACCUUUAGGUGAUAUCUUAUGGCAUCUAAAAGAUAAUAAAUUUAUUACGGCAUAAUCUUUUGUGGGCACCUUAAUCAGAAGCAUGAUGUAGUCCUCUAAGGAAGCAGACAGUGCACUUCAGUGUUGCUUAAUUACUUCUGUCGCUAAACUUGGAUGGAUUAUACAAAGCCUCAAAACUUUGUUAAAAAAUAUGUUAACACUAAGCUCCACAAAAAUUCAUAAACAAAAGGUAAUAAGUGUCGUAUAUAAUGAAUUCCUCGUGGAAAAACUAUAUAAAAGAGAAUGAAAUCCAUUUUAAUCUUCUGGAGCAACCUUUCAGUGCAAGAAAAGAGAGCAUUCUCUUUCAUUUGUCAACACCUCAGUUUUUGUUUGUUGAUUCAAAUGACAAUUUUGAAAAAUGCUAAUAGCCACAUGUAGAGAAAGGGGGUGGGGAGGAGACAGAUGGACAGACAGGUGUGUUUGUUUGUGUGUGUGUGUUUGUCACAGCAAAAGCAUAGAAUGGAACCUUGUGUUCCUUCAAAGAAGCAUUUGGGUUCCAUUAUAUGCUUUAGCUUAAUUGAUUCAAGAUGUACCUUGUGGUGCUCAGAAUACCCCCCCCCCCCAGGAAUAAUUGUAUGGAUUACAAUAGGAUGUGGAAAUCAGAAAAAGGGACUUUUUUCAUUAAGGAUAAUAACAUGUCUAUUCCUUGCAGUUUGAAAAUGAUUAAAAGAGACAUAUGAAACUAACGCAGAAACAAAAAUGUGUGCAUAUUUAUUGCUUUCCUUAGCCUUCUUCACAUCUUCAAAAGUGUGGCUUGUCAAUGUGUCACAGUGAAUGGGUUUGUGGCAGCUCUCCUCCCUCUCUUCCCUGCACAAUGUUUUGGUCGGACCUGGAUACACAAAGCUGGUGCUCAUAUAUACUCAUAUGUUAUGCAGGGUCUGUACAUGUGCCUGGUUAUGAAGGCAUGAAAAAACAUUUUUCUGGAAAGAUUAUUGCGGGGGGUGGGGCUGGUUCCGAUUUUUAAUUUGCUGCAGACUAAGUACAACAUCCUAAUAAAAACUGGUAUGUUAAUCACAUUCAACUCAGAAAUUUUAAUUAACCACCACUGUCUUGUUGCUGAUGUGCUUCUCAGGUUCACAUCAGAGCUAAACAAAACUAUGGCACACUCAUUGGGUUGGACUCAGAAGUUCCUUGCAUAAGAAGACAGAUAUGUUUGUUUUUCCUGAAGUUCCCCUAACUCUCAGAAUCCGUGUUCAGAGAAUAUUAGAGCCCCAUACUAUUUAUGGAGCUGUGGAGGAGAUAUUGGAAGCCCCAUAUCACUCAUGGUGCUGCUAAGUUGGGGGGGGGAUUUUAAAAAUUAUUUUAAAUAUUCAUUAAUCGGUCCCAUCAUUAUUUGUUUUCCUGCAGUCCUUGAGGUGAAAAAUGUAGACCUAAACUGUGCUCAGAACUGCAACAACCACCACACACAGUUUUUUAGUUCUAAUAAACUAAUUGUGAGAAGAGGCCAGCUGUUUGGGUUCUAUGUGCAUUUCCAAAACCGAGAAUGGGAUGAUGACAGGGACAAGAUCACAUUCACGGUGGCAACAGGUAAUUCUUUUAUAUGAUAACAAACGUGCUCCGUAAAGUCACUAGAGGUCUUAUGUUAAAAGCUUUAGUGUUUAGGGAGAACUUCUGUUUACUGUAUUCCUAAUGGUUAAGUAUCACCGAUUUAGAGCUUUUGUUACAAUCAGGUGGUAUGUCAAUUUUGUUAAAUAAAAUGUAUCAUACAGGAUUGAUUAUCUUUGAGCUACUUCAUACCUAUUUUCUCUGCAUUAGCUGAUGUUGGCACAGUUAUGACAAAGAGUCGUAUUCAUAGAAGUCUGCAGAGCUUUUUCUGUCAAAGGAGAACACUGAAUGAACAUGAAAAAAAAUCAUUUUCAUGGAACUAUUCAUAGAAUUCCCUUAAUACACUUCGCCAACAGUAGAUGGAUCACACAGAUAGAUAACCUUUCUGAAUAUUUCAGUAAGCCAAAAACAACCUGUGUGUUGACUUGUGCAGCUUUAGCCUAUGCUUGUCUACUCAAAGUAAGUUUCUGUGAUUUUAGACAAGGUUACUCCCAAGUAAAUAGGCAUAGGAUUGUUAUUGCAUUGAAUGUAUGGGGUGAAAUUGCAAAAAACAAAAACAAAAACAAAAGCCAAACCAAACCAAACUAAACCACCCAAAAUAUAUAUUUAUAAAAUUGCAUGCAGUUAUUAGAAAAAAAUGAAAAGAACAGACCCCACUUACUUUCAGAAUUUAGUAAAAAGAGAUCCAUACAUAUUGUAUCAUGUUCAUUCUUUGAUCUUCAGAGGACCUUAAUUCUAAAGAUACAAAUUUUUGCUCAUCUUUGGAAGCCAGCCAUUAUCUUCAUUCAUUCUCCUACGGUUCUUUGAAGUUCAGCAUCGUAUUAAUCUCACAAAGUUUUGCAUCUUUAUUCUUUCACCAACAAUUGUAAAUAAGUUUAGGCAAAACAGUUCUUGCGUUCACUUCCUUUUUGAACAACUUUCUUGAACAGGUCCGAAACCCUGCGAAUCUCUUGGAACAAAGAGCACCUUUCCUUUAGGGAAAUGUCCAAAUCAAAGCCACUGGAAUGCUUGCUACAAACUCCAUAAUGAACAAAGCCUCCAUGUCAGUCUGUUCCCUCCCGCCAGUGCCUGUAUUGGCUGCUACACUCUGAAUAUGUGUCUGGUGUCAUGUGAACACUCAAGCACCCAACAUCUGGGAGACUUUUAUGUUCUCUUCAACCCUUGGUGUUCUGGUAAGAAUCAAUAAGAAACUCCUUGUCUGGAUAGUCUUGCUAAGCAAGUGCCUGCAGACACAGACAAUUUGUGAGAAUGUGUAUUUCUGUAGUAGUAGUGGUGGUGAGGACAGACUUUUGAGUUGAGUCAGGAAACAUAUAUAUAUAAGCAGAUAUUAGGCAUGGGAGUACGUGGGAUGUCAACACAUCACAUGCUUGUAUACAGAAACAAAUAUACUGUAUUAGCACACUCAAGGUAGUAUCAUACGAUUAAUGAAACUCUGGAAAUGGUAUUAGACCUUUUUGUAUUUAAUUUUAAUUUUUUUCCCAUUUUUUCCCCAAUUUGAAAUAAACAUUUUACAAACUUAUUAACAUCCAAUGACUCCCCUUCUUCUCUUUCCAUGGUUCAUUUUAAAUAUCUUCCAUUCCUGCAUAUUUUACUCUAACCAUUCAAGUCAGUUUUCCAUUUUUACACCAUUCAAACAUUAAUUACACUGUUGAAUUCAUCUUAAUGCCACCAGCGCUUUCAGUUGUGUACAAUUAUCUUUCAUAUACUGUAUUCAAUAAACAUUUUCCACUCUUCUUUAAAUAUAUGUCCUUCCUGCUCUCUUAUUCUAUGUGCUAGACCUGCAAGUUCUGCAUAUUCUAACAUCUUAAGCUACCAGUCCUCUUUGUCUGGGACCUCGCUCAUUUUUCAUUUUUGGGCUAACAAAACACAGGCCUGGUAUUAGACAUAUUUUUACCAAACCAUUCCUUAAACUGUAGCUAUUGAAAGCAGUACUGCAAAGCAGCCAUUUUGUUUAUCCAUUAUUUGAUGGAUUCAUUUGCAGCAUGUAGAUCCAAAUUGGUUUGCCAUAUUUAAAGCAUGCUUGAUAUUAGAGGCCUGUCCCAAAGGUAUGAUAAUAAGGGGUCAUUUACAUAUGCAACAAAAUGAUCUCAUCACAGCUGAAUGCAUGAACUGCCUGUACUGGGGAAAAUAUAAAUCUCAUUGUUUUCUCAGAUGACCCUGUCUAUUUAGACAACCAAGCUCACAGAGAAGAGUAUGUCCUGAAUGAGCAUGGGAUUGUAUUCCAGGGGCUUCCCAAACAUGUAACUUCUCAUCCAUGGUAUUUUGGACAGGUAAAUGCAAGAUUAUGGCUCUUGAAUGUAUUAUGAGUUUCACCUUAGUCUUUAGAUUAGAUUAAUUAUACUCUUGGACACAAAUUGUCUAUGGAAAAAGAGACGUACAUAAAGUGCUUUCUAUCCAAUGGCUGUAGCCAGUGUUGCAUAUUUAAAAGUAAAAUUCCCACACACUCUUUCAUGGCAGUAAGCCCCGCUGAAUCAGUAGGAGUUACUUCCAUAUAGUUACUUCCAUGUACACACAGUUUCACAAAUGGAGGGUGUGUUCAUUGACUUAGUCCAAGCCUGUGUGUUAGUCCUUUGUCUGCAAGCCUCAGUGGAAGAUAAAUAAGAAUAUUGCCCAGGCAGCAGCUAUCCCAGUCUCCAAAUACACAGGUGUUUUUAAAACAGGUAGAAGCAUACAUUUUUGUACCCUUAAGUUUAUAUAACUUGGGGCCGAAUUGCAAGUGAAAUCCAUUGAAAUUAGCUCUAAAACACACGUCGCCCAACCCUGUGCAUGUUUACUCAGAAGUAAGUCCCACGGUGUUUGAUGGGGUUUGGUCUCGAGUAAAGUGUUUAGGGUUGUGGCUUCAAUUUUGUGAAAUUAGUGGAGUAUCUUUCCUAGUAAGUGUUUUGCCUUAUUGUACAUUCAUCCUUGUGUGUCUUAUUGUAUAUUCAUCUAAUGAACAAGCCUCCCCAGAUAGGAAAAAAGCCACAAUAAACUUGAUAAACCUUAUGUCUCUUUCUUACUAAAGGAUAGCCUUUAGUAAUAUGGUGUUCUGAGUGAGGACAAAAUUUGGCUGCAAAUGUUUCUUAUUUUCACAAUCAUUCCUUUUGGUACAAUUGCUUUUUAAUGGAUAUUCUCAGUAGGUACCCAUAUAAAUAUAGGUUUAAGAUGAUAAUAAUAAUAAUAAUAAUAAUAAUAAUAAUAAUAAUAAUGUUGUGCCCCCUUGCCUCAGCACCCUGUGGGGGAGAACUGCCUGAACUGCCCCAAAUCAAUUGCAGCUUCAUUAUUUCCUUAAAAUGAAAUAAUAACCUUCACUGAAGCUUUGCAGCAUGUACAUUCAUUUACAUUUUAAUCAUUAUUUGCCGAACCAGUUCAGUUAGAAGUUUCAUGGGGGCGGGCGGGUGGAAUUUAUUGGUUGUUAGCUCUAAUGCAAAGCCAUCCUGUUCAAAUUUCAAAAAUGGCACUAACUCAACAAAGACACCCCUUUGACUUGAAAAGCAAAGUGAGAAGCAGUUAUUUCUACUUAUAUUUAGCUAAUCUACAUUUCUUGGUGUCAGCUGCAUUGAUUGAUUGAUUGAUUGAUUGAUUGUUGCCUCACAUUUCCAGUUCUACAGAUUCCUGGCAGUCCAGUAGUUGUCCUCUGCUAUAACAGGGAAAUUUUUGUUCUGAAUAUUUGUGUCACAAAUGGCUUCAAAAUGAGUGCUCAUAUUUUGUGUGUUUAGUUCCAAGAUGGCAUUCUGGAUAUCUGUCUGAAAAUUCUGGACACAAGUACAAACUUCCUUCGUGAUCCUGGCAUGGAUUAUUCCUGUCGCAAUGAUCCCGCGUACAUCAGCAGGGUGUUGAACAGUAUGGUAAAGUUUGAGUACAGGACGUUUAAUUGACUCUUGUGGAUAUGUUUGCCUAUAACCACUCUUGGCAUUGGUUUGCCUCUGUCUCUCCAGUCAUUACUAGCUGCUGGCUCAUCACAAAUCUGUCAGCAGGCACAACCCCAGAGAAAUUCCUAGGAAAUGUGUGUUUGGCUUAUGUAAAUUGCUAAAUUGCCCACUGAUAGUCAGCUUUGCAAAAGUGACUGUGCCUGUUUUUGUUAACGUGGGGGAAAUGGUUGUUAUGACGAUUGGAGAACAGUAGUACAUCUCUUAAAUGACAGCUCCCUGGCCCCGAUAAAUAUCUCUUAAAUCCCUGGCAGCAAUAAGAACUGCAACAAACAUUUAUAUAUAAAUAUAUAUGAAAAAUCACCCACCACCAUCACCUUUAAUAAGAAGCAGAUGAAUUUCUAUUCCUAAUAGUUUUCUGCUAUGUUUCAGAAACCCAUCUGACUUCUCCUAGACACUAGGCAUUUGGUGUUGUUGGUUCCAUGCUGUGGAAUGCUGUUCCAAAAGAGAUUUGGCAGAGAUCCUUGCUGGCAAUUUUCUAAUAUCUCUCAAAGUUCUUUUUAUGCUACCUGGCCUAUUCAGUUGUUUAGUUGCCGCCCAAGAUGGGCCAGUCAUUUUUAUGAUUGUUUUGCAUUGCUUUUAUCGUAUCUUAGUUUUACACCUGUAUGUAUCUUUAUGCACUCCAUUGAUAUUUUAUAUGAGUGGGUACUGGAUGGUAGGAUUAGAAUCCAAGAGAUUAAAGUGAUGAAAUAAUAUAAAAUCUCACCCUACAAAGGGAGGUUUCAGGAUGGGGGAGGGAAGAGAGAGAAGAAUAUGGCCUGCAAUUCAUGUACCCUGUGCUUCAGUAUUGCUAAAUGUAUGGACAUAUUAGUGACUGGAUGAGGACCAUUGGGAGCUCUAUGGAAAUAUUUCUGAGCAUUCUAUGAAUAGAAUAUAAUAGCAAUAUUUUUUAAAAAAGAAAAUUGCUAUUUAUUUUUAAUUUCCCUGGAGUUUUGUAUAAACAGCUCUUAGUCAAAUUUAAUUUAUUCACACAAACACACAUAAAAAGUCAUGUGCAUGCAGAUGAUGUAUUACAUACCAGGGUAAUGUAUAGUGAAUUUUAAAUUCACUUACUGUGGAGUGGGGGAAAGUCAGAGCACCAUGUGCCAUUGCCCACCGUAAAGGGACCACCAUUACUUGUUCUGAUACUUCAGGCUGACUAUAGCAACAGAAUGUGAUCCAAACUCUGUUUUAUUUUUGUCUCACCCCCCCUUUAAAAAAAAGCCCGUACAAUUUCAACUGGGAUUUGCUUAUUUUAAUCUUGUAAAACAACAUAUAGAUGACUGAUUCUCUGUAAAUAUUUAUAUAAAUGUCCAUCUUCUCAUGGCCAAAAGCAGAGAGCAAUGGCCUCUGAAAAACGGUAUGCCUGCUGUAUAGUAUAAUAAGAACUGAGCAGGUGAAUUUGUGCUUUAAACUAUUGCAUUUACAUGCAUCUCUCCCAGGUCAAGAUUAAUUGUUUCAGGUAUAUGUUAGUCACAUACUGUUGCCUUUUAUGAUAGGGAUGAUCAUUGUGCAUGAAGUGAUGUAUGUUGAUUCCGUGGAAUGUUCAAGAUGGGUAUGGCAAGGAUAUUACUCUUGAGCACUGAGCACCAGCACCUUUCUUCUUUUCAGAUCUGUUGCCAUAAGAAGAAAAGCAUUCUGAAACUUCCACCCAGUAAUAACUACUUGCAGGGACACAAUCCUUUAAUGUGGAAUGGAAGUGCCCCUAUCCUCCGCCAGUGGUUUCAGAGCAAGUGCAAGCCUGUCAAAUAUGGGUACUGUGGGACUUUUGCUUCGGUCAUGUGUACAGGUAGGGGGCAUGAAUGGUCCUAACAGAAAAAUGCUUUCUCAGGUGCAGAUGGCAACUUCUAAAUUCAACAAAAAUUUAAAUGGCGUCUGUUUGGUGUGGUGGGAUGACACCCAGUAAUGUCAGAUAAAGAACUAUCCCCCCUAAAAAAGAAUGCUAGUUAUUAAAAAUGUAUAGAGUAGAAAGGCUGAAAUUCUACUAUUUCUACAUAGCUCAUGUCAGUUGGUAGAGCAUGAGAUUCUUAGUCUCCGGGUUGUGGGUUCAAGCCCCACAUUGAGCAAAAGAUUCUUGAAUUGCAGAGGGCUGGAGUAGAUGAACCUUGUGGUCCUUUCCAACUCAACUAUUCAAUGAUUCUACUAUUUAUACCCAUACAUGAACAUUUAGUAAAGAACAAAAAACCAAGUCAGAGAGUAUAGCAACAUUAUAAGGAGGAAAGGAAGUAUAAUAACAAAAGACAUUUUGGAAUUCAGGAGGGUAGUCUUCUCAAGGAAUGGUGUGAGACUGAAUUGUCCUAGUAUUUGGUAUGCAGUGCUCCCCAUCAUGCCCAGGAACAUAGGAAGUGCUGUCUGUCAAGUCAGAUCACUGGUCCAGCUGGCUCAGUAUUGUUGUUGACAUGAACUGAUAGCAGGUCUCCUGCAUUUCAAACAGUCAGUCAGUCAAAUUUAUUGCUUAUAGCCAAAGGCUGCUGCAAUGUAUGCAAUAUCAGUCAAUAGAAUAUAUACUAAUUUGAUUCAAAAACUUAAAAACAUUUAUAUUGUCAAAACAUGACCUAAUCUGCAAAAAGCUAUAGAAACUCCUUAAUAUACAAAUUGAAACAUUAGACAAUAAAAUUUAUAAGCUAAAUUCACAUAAAAUAGACAAUUAUGUACAAAGUUUAGUGAGAAAAAUACAGCUUGGUGUAGAUGGGGUCAAAUAAAUUUAUCUCCUUUACAGUUGAUAGCUAUCUCGGCUAUAUAUUUUUUUUCUAAUUUUCCUGGCGGCAGUUGCAAAAAGUGCUACACGCCAGGUCACAUACUUAUCAAUGUCUGCAAGGAGAUAUAGAAUCAUGUCAGGAGGAUUAUGGCCAGGGGACCUUAUCAUUAUAGGUGUCAAAAACCGUUCUCUUGCUUCAGUAUAUAAGGGGCAGCGUAAGAUAUAAUGCGUAAAGUCCUCUAAUUCAGGGACACUUCAAACAGGGCUUUCCCCCUACACUUCUCUGGAGAUGUCAAGGAUCAAAUAGUUUUACAUAAAAAGUAUGUGCUCUACCACUGAGCUGUGGUUUUCCCUAAGCACAAGCGUGCUUGAAACACCAUGGCUAUUUCUGAGCAGAACAUUAGUGUGCAGAUUCCAUGUGCUCCCAAAAUGUACUGACUUUAGCAUGAUAACUGCAUGUUCAAAGCUUCUCUCUAAAGCAGGGAAUCAGGAAUAGCCCAAUUUGCAGUAGUUAAAUUAACCUCAUUAGAUUGCAAAUUUUGGUACCUUUAAAGGCCACAGGUUACUGGCCACUAGGGUACUCCUGGCAUUGGGUUUGGAUGAAUCCUGAGACAAAGCAGAAUGCCUUGGAGUUAUUUUGAGCUUGUCAAUGGCAAAGUAGGUUAUCUGCUGAAAGCAAAAGGAAUGCUUUUUAGCGUUCCAUAGCCAGUGGGGGAUGAUAGAAAAAGUGAAUGCAAAGACCAGGAAGAACUUCAUUUAUUUACUAGCUGCAUUUGAAAACUUUUACAGGAAAUAUUCAAAUAAUAUAAAAAGGCUGUGAACAUUAGAUUUACAUUAAACAGGAUAAAGAUGAAUGAAUUGUUGAAGCAACUGGGAAAUUAACUGUAAGAUGUGCUGAAUAUUAUUGGCCAUUUGUAUACUAGAUAAAAGUAGACAGUAAAAAAAUGUCUGCCAUAUACAGAAAUGUCUGGGGUUACAGAAACACAUUGCCAAAGCUGCAAUAGUCUAUUUCCUGCCCUGAUGUUAUAAAACCAUCUGUGCUGCUGACAUAUGCUGCUGGUUAGAUUGUCAAGUAAAUAUACAGAAAUCAGGGUGAAGCGAAUUCUUACUACAAAAGCCUUAGAAUCCAUUUACAAAUAUGUCACUGGGUCAUAUCAUUUCCUAACACAUUGGCUGUUCAUAAUAGAAGUAACAUAGUAAUCUGAGACUGUGUGCAACCCAUACAUUUAAAACACAUUACUUUCACCAAAACAUCCUGAGAAUUUUAGUUUGUUAAGGAUGCUAGGUACUGUAGCUCUGUGAGGGAUAAACUACUGUUUCCGGGAUUCUUUGAGGGAAGCAAUGUGAUUUCAAUGUAUGAUGCAUAAGCAGAUUAAAGUUAAAUAGUUCUCCACAAACAGGACUGAAGCCAAGAUGGGCCAAUGAGAAGUAAGAAGAAGGUAUCUGCAUGAUAUGAAGUAGUACAAACUUUAAAAACAAAGGGAGCAAAAAUAACUCAAUGGCCAUGCUCAGUGACGUUGAACAGUCAUAGGAAGUUGAGUAUCAGUUAGAAAAGAAAACCAGAAAAUUGAGAAGGAAACAACUGAAUUAUCCUGCUUGAGCCCUUAUUAGGUUAGCCAAUAUUGUGUCAUUCAGGAACUCAUUGACCAUGAGGUAUGACAAUGAUGGGACACCACAUUGUGAUGACACCUCCUUGGCUACCCUUGGCUUACAACAUCCUGGAAGAGGGCAGACUGGCUGGAUCACUGAACAGGAGCAAACCUGUUAGUGGCUGAGCCUGUGUUGCAGUGGUAUAUAUGUGUUAAAAGAGUCAUACUCUUCCAACUAUAGAUACACUUGACUAGGCUUUCCUUGGAAAUAACACAUGCAGUUUGAUAAGCAGGUGGUUUGUUGCCUGAACUUAUGGGCUUUGUUGCAAAUAGUUACGUGGUUUUUGCUGAGUUAGGAAGGCAAGUUUUCUAUCUCAGUGUGUGUGUGUGUGCAGAACAUAUAAUAUCAGUGUUUGGGUAUUUCAUCUGUUUACAGUUAUGAGAUGUUUGGGAAUCCCAAGCCGAGUCGUCACAGGCUUCUAUUGCGCUUUGAAUGCUGUUGAUCCUCUCACCGUCCAGGAGGUUUAUGACUAUACAGGCAAAACUUUAAGUGGCAAAGAACACAUCUGGUAAGUGAGCAACAACAGAGUUGUUGAAGAAUAAAAUCAGAGAAUUGGAGAAGCUUCAGCAUGAGAGUGACCAAGGAUUCACAAGUAUGGCUAAUGAUAACUGCACUUAUGAUGAUGUCCACUAUAUCAGCUACAGUCUCCAUUGUAAAAUAAUAAAAACAUUCAUUUUCUUUAAAAGUAGUUACUUUCUUGGAGCCCUAAAGUCAAAUUAAAAUUCUAAAUAAAUAAAUGUAAAUCCAAAAGCAUUUUCUAAAUGAUACUCAAUCUUUGUACUGGCAUUCCAUACAACAUGGGAUCUUUUAUCCUAAAUCAUUACUGAAUGAUCAGGUUUCUUCAGAAUUAGCUUUGUAUUUCGACACAGGAAGUGUCUGAAUUUCUGUAUUCUACAGGGUACAUCAUUGCUGGAAUGAAUCUUGGAUGGCCCGAAAAGACAUAAACCAAGCUAUGAGUGACUGGCAAUAUCUGGAUCCGACACCUAUAGAAACUAGUAAAGGUAAAUGAAGCCUCUUUCACAGGGUUUUUUUUCAUCCCAAACUCACCGGAACUCAGUUUUGGCACCUCUCAGGUGGGCUCCAUUGCCAUUAUAAGAGAACAAGGGAGGCAUUUAUGGUGAGUUCUGGCACCUCUUUUUCUGGAAAAAGAGCACUGCUCUUUCCCAAUCUAGAGAUAAUCAUGUGUAAGAAGGCAUUGCAAAUUAUUAGUAACCCGCAAAUAAUAACUGAUGGACAAAGAGAAGAGAGCUGGAUAUUAUCUCCUUUAGUAUGGCAGAUUGUAAUAUGCCUCUUCCUCUAAACUCUGAAGUGCUGGUGAGGCUGCAUUAGUAGGCUGCAUUAGUAGGCCCCAGUCCACACGGAAGGUGUCCAACCUGUAGCUGCAUUGUAGGUACCAUAUGGUCUGGAACUCGGCAGCAUGGGAAGGGUUAGUGCUUCAGUGGCUUCCAUGCUGUCAGCCAGCAUAAUAUGAGUAUUAGUCCCACAAAUUGAAUUUGUCUCAUACCAACAGCAAAAACAGGAGAUUUAGCAAAGCAGUCAUAUAUGGCUGGUGUUAAGCUUGGCAGGUAAUAAGUUGCACGACUACGUUAGACUGCAAACAUGAUAGCCAUUUCCCAGUAUGGAUAACCAGUAUGGUGUCCCUCAGAUGUUGCGGAUGCUGGCUGGAGCUGAUGGGAGUUGGAAUCCACCAAUAUAUGGAGAAUACCAUUUUGGUUAUUCAUGCCUACAAACUUUCAUAGGAGGUUCUUUCUUUCUUUCUUUCUUUCUUUCUUUCUUUCUUUCUUUCUUUCUUUCUUCUUUCUUUGGAUGAAGCUGGAUUCUCAGGGGUUGCCAGCUGUAUUGUUAAGAUAAAUACGGAUUCUUAAUGUUUAGGAUAGUGAUCAAUCAGACUACCAUUGAACAUGUUUGUCUUUGUUUACCUUAGGAUCAGUGUGCAGUGGCCCUAUCUGGGUCAAAAGCAUCAGAGAUGGAGAUGUGGAUACUGAUUCUGAUGGCCCUCGUGUAUUUUGUAUGCUAAAUGCAAGGAGUACAGCCUGGGUUUCUCAAGGUAGAGGCAAGAAGACAAAACUGCACUGUGAUAUCUGGCCUUGUGGGCAAUGCAUCAGCACCAAGAGUGUUGGCGGAGAUUUGCCUGAGGAUGUCACUGAUGCUUACAAGCAUGAAUUAGGUAAUGACCAAUUUUAAUGAGAAUAACUGAAGUUUAACAUGUUGAUAUAGUAAAGUGAAAAGUGAUCAUUGGAGAUAUGUUAUUUGCCCCCAACCAGGUUCUCUGCAAGAGAAAAAAGCCUUCUAUAAAGCUUGCAGAAAAAUCAAUUCUCAAUACCUCAAUGCUCCCAAUUCUGAAAUCGACAAAGAUAUAGCAUCCCAGAGAAACAAAACUUUGAAAGACACUGGGGUGACAAUGAAAUUUAAGAUGGCUAAUUGUCCCCUUUAUGGUCAAGAUGUUCAAAUAAAGUGGAUGCUUGAAAACUUGUCGAAUGAGGCUAAAGACAGGAAAUUCAACCUUUGUGCUCAGGGAAUGAUAUAUAAUGGCUGUUCACUGGAUCCAGUCUGGAAAGACUGUGUGCCUGUUACACUUGGCCCCAAAGAAGGUAAGUCUUAACUAUUUAUUUAGUUAUUUAUUUAUUUAUUUAAUUUAUAUAUACUGUCUUAAUGCAGCAUAUUAAAAUAAAAAUAUAUUAUAAAGCCCAGGGACAAUUAAAAAAUCUUCAUCUGACACUCAAUGUUUUGGUGUACAACAGGCAUGUUUUGGGACUACAACUCCCAUCAUCCCUAGCUAACAGGACCAGUGGUCAGGGAUGAUGGGAAUUGUAGUCCCAAAAACAUCUAGUGGGCCAAGUUUGGCCAUGUCUGGUGUACAGCAACCCCCUGCUGCCUCAGUUUAAUUAGCCAAAAGCCUGGAAGAAGACACAUGUUUUUACCUGGUACAAAAAGAUAUGUUAUGAAGGUGCCAGGCAGUCCUUCCUGGGGAAAGAUUUCCACAAGCAUUCCAUGAACACGAUGCUACAAUCAAGCAGCCUCUUACCUAUCUCGUAUCAGAUGGUAGGAGUACCUGGAAAGACACAUUGAGAUUUUUGUAAUGCAGCACCCAAAUGUAUGUUUGGAGAGCAAAUGAGGAUUCAAAUUUAGAUAAUUUGAAAUCAUGCAUUUGGACCCGUCAUUUGGUGACAUUUACUGAGAGCUAUUAAUCUGAAAUAUAAAGUGAAAAAGAGCAUUGCACUCCCACAAAUUAGCUGUACAUUCUGGUAAUAUAGAUUUCACUUGGAAAACAUGAACAUGCAAAAACUGCUUUGGAAUUGCAUGUAAAACACUCUCAAGUUUUCUCUAUGUUUCAACAAAUAGCUGUAUCAGAUCUAGAGAAUGUUCACCAUCUAACGCUCGGAUCCUAUAAUCAUUACUUGUAAAGAAAUCCUACUAAUUUAUAGAAUUUACAUUUAGGCAACUCUGCUUAGGCUGCAAUUUAUGACAGAGUCAUCCAUGCUUUAUACAGCAGGCAGCAGACCCACUUGUUCUACAUUAUUGACAAUCAUUUAAUAAUCUAUCACUUGAACAUUUAGAUUUGGUUCCGUAAGCGAUAACAUGUUUCACAAAAUAACCUUCCUCAAACUGGUGCUCUCUAAAGUACGAUUCCCAUAAGCCCCAUCUAGCAUGUCUUGGAUGACAGUAAUUGUUUUCAGAAACAUCUGGAAGACAUCAGGUUGCAGAAAGCUCAAAUGAUUUGACUUUUAUGUUAUUGUUUAUGUUUCUCUUGUCACAAUUUCCCUCAAAAUGACUCACUGAUGAGACUCAAGCCAACCAUUAGAAUGGAGAGGAAUUCUUGAAAUUCUCUAGAAUGGAAAUUCUGACUCUAAAAAGUAUGUUCAAUACAUUUUGCCUUACAGUGAAGACGAUUAAGAUAGAGAUACCCUAUGAAAGUUAUGGGUCACACCUUUGUGAUUAUAAUAUUAUGAGGCUAGCAGCUGUCUCAAUGCCAGAGCCUAAGGGAGAAAUCAUGAUGGUGGAGAGAGAUAUCCUGAUUGACAGCCUUCCCAUUGAGAUAAAGGUAAAGACCAUUUGACCCUUACAGUGAACAAGCAAUGGCAGUAUCAGACAAUUCGUCAAGAGGAUAACUGAAGUCAUGAGGAUAACUGAAGUCAAUAUCUGCUUACCUUGGAGGAGAGAGCAUAAAAUAUAUAUAAUAUUUUUGUGGCAUUUGCUUAUUUUUAAUUUGUAAUGUCUUCAUGGUGCUAAAUAGUUCAUAUUUCAAUAUUGUAUGAACUGCUCAGAAGUCUAUUGACUGAGGGGGAAGGGUCAGCAAAUGGUCUAAAUUACACACACACACACACACACACACACACACACGAAAAUCAUACCAAACAGCAGAUCUGCCAUUCCACAUCUUAUCCCUAUACUGUUGGAUCCCCUUCAUCUCUGUGUGAAGCUCCAAAUCUUUCGUGUGUGUGUACACAAACACAAACCCACAGAGAACAGUAGUGGCUCAUGUGGUGUGGCAGAACCAUGAAAUUGCCCUUCUCUUGCCAGUAUCGCUACACCUUACCUGAAUGGGGAUGGGACAGGGCAGAAGCCAUGCAAUGAACCAGCAAGAGCACCAAUUCAUGCAACCUAUCUUCACUCUGUACCAGCACUAUCAAGGUAGCUGUACCUCACAACACUGGCUGCUUACCCGCCAUACACCUCCCUUUAGCUGGAGAGGGUGGAAUCCAAUUCUCUUUCCUAAGAUGCCUUUUCCAUUCUAAACAUGCAAGAUAUAUCACUACAUCAAGAUACCCUUUCCUAACACUUAUCUCCUGCAAAAACUCACCAAUUGACCAUUAAGGAUGAUUACCCAGUAAUAUACCUAAUGGUCAGCAUUAGCAAUAUAGUAAUUAGUAUAACAAUGUAAAAACAAGUUAAAAAAAAUAAAAAAUAGUCUAGUAGCACCUUAUAGACCAACUAAGUAAAAGGUGCUACUAGACAAUUUUUUAUUGUUUUUAUAAUUUUAAAAUUUAUUUUGACUGCAUCAGACCAACAUGGCUACCUACCUGAAUGUAAAAACAAGUGCUCAUUUUUUCCAAAUAGGUUUUAAACUAUCCGAAAUUGAAUGCACCAUGUUCAGCUGAAGUCACCUUCUCUAAUCCCCUCAAAGAAGAUCUCAAGAACUGUGUGCUGCACUUGGAGGGUUAUGGACUGUUUGGUGAGCCGAUCGCUACUGAGUAAGUUAAGCCACAGUUUUGGUUUGCAUCUACCUUGAGGUUAUCUGUGGUUCCUGUUUCCACCUUCACUCUUGCUGUCAGCUAUGAAGUUCCACACUGUAGCGUUAAUGACAAUGUUCACUGAGCUUGCGUGCAUCCCAUGCAUUUAAAGCACAUGAUUUCCCCCAAGGAAUUCUGGGAAUUGUAGUUCACCCCUCAAAGGGCUACAGUUUGUAGCACCUUUAACACACUAUGAUUCUCAGAAUUGCUUGGGGGGGGUCAUGUGCUUUAAAUGUAGUGUGUAAUGUCGUUCGUGACAUCCUGUAGUCAAAGAGGUCAACUCAUUAAUCAACCAAAGGUGGUUUGCCUAAAUCAUUGCAUGUACAAAUAUCAUCACAUGCACCCUCUCUCCUUUAUCUCUUCUGCAGACUGGGAACACUGGCUGCUAAUCACAAGGCACAAACGUGUGUUGAGUUUACUCCAUAUAGGAAUGGCAAACACUGUUUCAUUGCCAAUGUCAGCUGCAACAAGUUCUGUAACUGCAAAGGAUAUGCCAACGUAGACAUGGGGAAUCCCCCACCAACCUCUGGAGAAGGAGGAGCAUAA